AUGAAAGCGAGACACUGAUUCCAGUCCUCCUCACAAACACGAUAGUGAUCCAUCCAUUAGGGUUUCAGCUGCAAAAAUCAUGUCUUCUUCUUCACUCUUCCUCGUUAGGUUUAGCAGGAGGAGGAGGAGAUUGCUUUCCUCUUUGCCAUCCUUCUCAUAUAAUUUGAUGAAUAGGAAUGAUAAUCACAUUGCAUCAUCCCAGUUGACAAGAGUGAGACCGGAGAAGCAAUCACAGAGCACAGGCCAUCAUAGCUGCUUGUCGGCAUCGUCACCGUUGACAUGGCUGAGUGAGGAUGGCAAUGGGCAAAUAAUUAGGAGAUAUUCUUCUUUGCAAAUUCAAUCUCUGCGACUUCCUCGUCAUGAUGAUUUCAUCGAGAAAGAGGAAGGUGAGAUUGGUUUCACUGAGAAAGACAGAGACACUGAUUUGACUGAGGAAAGAGAGAAUGAUGGUUGGGAAGAAGAGGAGGAGGUUGAGCCUGAGAUGGAUGAUGGUGGGGAUGGUGGAGGCAUUGUGCUGAGAGACUUGCCGUGGGGUGAGAGAGUUUUAUCACUGGCACAUGAAGUUCUACUUCAAUUCAGAGAUGAAUUGAAACUUUUUGCAUUCAAGGCCUCUCAUCGUGGAUACAUAUAUGUGCGUUUGGACAGACUUUCCAAUAAAUAUGGUUGUCCUAGCAUGGAGGAGAUUAAAACAUUCAGCUGUCUUUAUAAGAAACGGCUUGACGCAGUUGGAGAACAAGGAGACAUACCAAUGGAUUUGGCUCUAGAGGUCUCUUCUCCUGGAGCAGAGCGACUACUGAGGGUGCCACAAGAGCUAGAACGCUUCAAAGACAUGCCCAUGCGAAUUACCUACUUGGAUGAGGAAUCAUCAGAAGGGAAGCUCAAGAAACAAAUUGUCCAAUUUGACUCAGUCGAUGCCGAGUCUGGGCAUUGCACAUGGAAGCUGGCAAAUGUUAAGGAUAACAGGAUUAGGGGAAGGACGUUGACUCGGAAGCAAAAGGAAGUUAGGGUCAUGACACCCUAUACUACGUUGAGGAGAGUAAUGUUGUAUCUGGAAUAUUGAACUUUGGUUAUUUGUUGCGUCACCAGUUUUAUAAUAGCUCCGUUUGAUGUUUAUAUGGGAAAGCAUUAUCUUGCUCUAAAAUUACGAUUAUUAUCUGUAUUUGCAAUUAUCGGUUAUCAGAAUUUCAAC